AUGACACGGCUGAGAAGAUCCAUCACCAGAACCUACAGUGGACCUGAUCUGAUGACACAGCCAAGAUAUCCAAUGGGGCAACACUUGUUUUUGGUGCUUGUGGUACUGUUAUCGGCAUUCACUGCUGAGAGUUGGCAAGGAAGUCCCAUUAUCUCCAGGGUAUCAAUAUUAUCAUCCAGGCUGAAUCCUAGGGGACGUUUUUCUCUGUCACCCCGCCAAGGGUAUAAGAGGCCUUCUGAGGGGUCACAUUUAUUACGAGGCCCUUGCAAGGGCCAAGGGAGUGACGAUGAUGAUAAUGACAAGAACAUUAUGGGUGACCCGAAUAACAACAUCCACAAAGAACCAAGUCGAAGAAUGCGGAUACGACAUACCGUGUCAAAUUUGUGGUCGAAUCUUCGGUUUCAAGAUCGAAAUGGAGCCGAAAUGACAAGCGUCAUGGCCCCACAGACUACCACGACAACUCCAGCAGACGAAUUAAUAGUGGAUGAGCUCGAAACAGAAAACCAAUUGCUUCGGGAAACAAUCCGACAAUUAGAACUCGAAAAUGAUCGUCUAGCGUCACAACAACGAGUGGUCUUGGAGACAUUUGAAGGAGAAGGACGGUUGUUGGCGCGCACCGGCAGCGGUACUAGUGAAGGCAGUAAUAGCACUUGGCUGGUAGCAUCCGGAGGAGAAGACAUGAUGAAUUUUGGCAUUACUCUAUCAGGCGAAGAGCUCACGGGAGAUGUUGCCACCACGGCUGGUAUGACUGAUGAAGAAGCUGCUCUAUGGUGUGAUGCAUUAGAAGCCGAAGAGGAUUCCUGUCCCGUGGAACCGACCGUUUCCUUUGGAGAAGCUUUGCGUGAUCGAGCCUAUUGGCUCGUAGGGCUGCUGGUCAUGCAGUCUUGUUCAGGGUUGAUUUUGAGCCGUAACGAAGCUUUGUUGGCCAAUCAUCCAAUCAUUAUCUAUUUUCUUACCAUGCUGGUGGGAGCCGGAGGAAACGCGGGCAACCAGGCUUCUGUUCGAGUGAUCAGAGGAAUUGCUUUGGGAACCCUGAACGAAAAGACACAAGGUCAAUUCCUGAGUCGAGAAUUCAAAAUGGCCGCAUCACUCAGCAUUAUUCUAUCCUGUGCAGGAUUCCUACGGGCAGCAGCGUUUCGGACACCCUUCCCCGAAACUGUGGCCGUCACGGCAAGUUUGGCAUUGAUUGUCUUUAGCAGCGUUUGCUUGGGAGCCGUGUUGCCACUGUUACUUCAAAGGUUAGGCGUUGACCCUGCCCACAGUUCCACGACAAUUCAAGUGAUAAUGGACAUCUUGGGGGUUUUCGUGGCAGUCGCCAUAUCCAGUCUGAUCUUAGACAGUCCAUUGGGACUGAUACUCAUCAACAGACUAGGUGGUUGA